GAGCCUUUACUGUCCUGGUAUCUACAACGGCACAAAGAUAGAAAACAGAGGUGACUUAGAGAUAAAGACUACAGUUGUUGAGGAAACAUCCCCAGUCCAGGUUAUCAGCACAUUAAAGGUGUCUGUCAGUAAUGGCAACAAUAACAGGAAAUUGGGGAACUAUACCUGCAAAGCAGAAAAUAAACAUGGGCACACAGAAAAACAGCUGGAACUUGUUGAAGCCUCUGGACAGCCGUGGGAGGUGGAAAUCCACCCAAAAAGAGAGAAGUACACUUUCGAUGUGACAAAGGACAACGCCGGCGUUUCCCUGCAGUGCAGUCUGGGAAAUACGUCAUCACCUAGCUUGGAGUGGUACGACGGGCAAGGAAAAAUAAUUCCUGCCAUUCACAGUGGAGACAGCAAUCCUCGCCGAAUUGUAUUCAGAAGAACAAACUAUGUGGAAUUGAAGUUUCUGGCACCUGAGACAGAGCUGAAUUCCGGUAACUACACCUGCAGAGGGAGCGGCGCUGAUGGAGUGGUUAAGGAGAAGACAAUCCAGCUAAUACUGUACAAGGGGAUCCAGCUGACGUCACCAACAACACAGUUCGCCAUGUAUGGGCAAGAUGCUCUGCUCAACUGUUCGUCAUCCGCCAGCGUUCCGCGGGAAACCAAUUUGUUGUUUUCUAACUGGAAAUCUCUUGAAGGAGCCCGGUACCGUAAAGAGAAUGAUUACGUCAUCAUCGCCAACUUUUCCCGGGCAGAUGAGGGGAUGUAUCGCUGCAGCAUCCGUCUCCAUGAAAUCGGAGACUCCAAGAAUUACGAGCUUCACCUUCUAGCCGCUGUGCCCCCCAAAGUCAAUGGGUCCAUGACAUUUUGGCCUCCUGAGCCAAAAGUGGGGCAGAAUCUAAAAAUCAUUUGUGACAUCAGUGCCAAACCAGAUCCCGUUUAUCAAUUCUAUAAGGUGGAAGGAAACAACACUAGAAUAAUUCAAAGUAAUGAUGUCACAAAUGGGACACUGCUGCUGAAGAACCUCACACAAGCAGACGAUGGAGAAUACAAGUGCGUGGCUACCAACGGUUGGGGCAGUGCGUCUCAAACCAUUUCCAUUGAUGUGCUCAGUCCUUUAGCCAUCACAUAUGCAGGAGUUGACUCGAAAAAUAAAUUAGAAGGGUCAGAAGGUCGACUGAAGUGCAACGUUACUGGUGAUCCAGAGCCUGUUGUAUCAUGGAAGAGAGGGAACUUUUACUUUUACAAUCAGUCCAAGUCUGAAAUUAGUGGAAGGAUAUACACCAAGACAGAGAGAGCGACAGAUAAAAUCAAAGGUUCCAAAAUUGUAGUUCAUACUUUAAUCUUCCGCUCACUGGAAGCAAGUGACAUGUCCACAUACACCUGUGAGGCAUCCAAUAUGUUUGCAAGGGUCAAUGCAACAGUGCCUCUUGCUGUUCAGUUUAAGCCAAACUUCAGUAAGCAAAUGACAACAAGAUUUUAUUCCUGGAGACAAACCAAUGCUACUCUAACAUGCACAGCCAUUGGAAACCCUGAGCCUUUACUGUCCUGGUUCUACAACGGCACAAAGAUAGAAAAUAGAGGUGACUUAGAGAUAAAGACUACGGUUGUUGAGGAAACAUCCCCAGUCCAGGUUAUCAGCACAUUAAAGGUGUCUGUCAGUAAUGGCAACAAUAACAGGAAAUUGGGGAACUAUACCUGCAAAGCAGAAAAUAAACAUGGGCACACAGAAAAACAGCUGGAACUUGUUGAAGCCUAUCUACCGGAUGCCCCAGAAGUCACACUCGUGGACCUCAAGCCUUCUUCCUUAGGGUUGUCUGUGAAGCCUCCACUGGACAAUGGCGGCCUGCCCAUUAAAAAGUACAACAUUGAGUACACGCCUAAAAACAACACAGUCUUCACUCAGAAAUUGGAUGUCAGCAUUAAUCCUGCCAAGCCAUUCAACACUUAUGUGAAGCUUACAGGUCUGCAAAUAAAGACCACAUACAUGAUCAACGUGUCUGCUGUCACAGACGUGGGCAGAGGCUUGGCUUCAUGUAUCACAGCAUCAACACUUGAUGUCUGUGAACCAGACAAUGUCACCAUAAUAUCGGACAAAGCUGGUAAUGAGUCACAGCAUUACACUCUGUUGUGGAUCCCUGAAUACUCUGGGAGGAUGCAAUGUCACAGGCUACAACAUAGAAUAUGCUAAAGGAGGUGUGGAUGCUAAUGGAAGCUGGACAGAAGUUUCUCCUGAACAGUACAUGUCACUGUCACAUUUCCCCAGUCAUCUCAUCUUUUCAAGAAUCUUGAAGGAAGACACUUAUUAUCAGGUCAAAAUAAAUGCAUUCAAUGACAUGCGGCAGUCUAAAGUCACAAAGUUUAUUUUCAAGACUGGCCUCAACAAAGAUUUCCUUUCUGGUGCAGUCAUCUCUACCUCUGUCCUUCCAUCACCUGGACAAAUAUCAAAGGCUGAAGUUUGGAAUAUCAGACUUCCUACGCUUAUUGCCAUUGCUGUUUCUGUCAUCGUCUUGGCUUUGAUUGCUAUUAUUGUGGGAGCCAUCCUAACCAGAAAAGCUCGAAAUAAAAGACAUCAAGCACAAAUGGCAGCGUGGAUUGAGCAAGAAGUUUUUCCUGGGGCAGCCUCUGACAAAAUUGUCUUGAGAGGAAUGUCAGAGACCAACACCAAAGCAGAGAAUCAGGAACUACCGGAACCACUACGUAAAGUGUUUGAAGG